GCGUGCAUGAUGAAGUUCCUGGGUUACAUUUUAAUCAUACAGCUGCUCCGUCAGGGAACUGCUGGUAGCAUCAACCGCAAUGGUCGCAUUGUGGGUGGCGAAAGAGCGGAGGCAGGAUUCGCACCUUAUCAGGUUUCACUGCAGGACGAGUGGAAUUCUCACAAAUGCGGCGGAGCCAUUCUCAAUUCGGAUUGGAUCAUCACCGCUGGCCAUUGCGUGACGAAAAAGCUGCCCGAGGAUGUACUAAUCAUUGCGGGAACCAACCGCUGGGAGGAGCCCGGCACCAUUUACUAUGUUAAGCAGAUUCACAUGCACUGCAACUACGAUAUUCCAUAUAUGCACAACGACAUUGCUUUGCUGCAGGUCAAUGAGAGUAUUGUCUUUAAUCAGCUGAUCCAGCCCGUGGAUCUUCCAACUCGCCCGUUGAGAGAGGGUGACGAAAUUGUGCUCACAGGAUGGGGGUCAGAUGCGCCAUACGAUGAACCGUUGGACAAUCUGCAGAAGCUCGCUGUUGGCUUUGUGCCUCAUGAGGAAUGCCUUGCGAUAUUCAAUAAUACGGCCAACCUGGGUGUGGGGCACGUCUGUACGUUCAGCCGUACGGGUGAGGGAGCCUGUCAUGGCGACUCCGGCGGUCCGCUCAUUAGCAAUGGUAGCUUAGUAGGCAUUGUCAACUGGGGUCGUCCCUGUGCCGUAGGACUUCCAGAUGUGCAGGCUAGCGUCUACUACUACUUGGAUUGGAUUCGUCGGGCUAUAACCGGGAACAGCAAAUGCAUAUUUUAGAUCAGAGAAAUAUCAAAAAAUAAAUCAAACUUCUAAAAAUGAUGAAAAAGGA